GCCUUUGCCGAAGCACUUGACGGGGAAGAUGCGGCAGUUGGCAGAGCGACUACGCAGCGGGGGAAUCGGCGUCGAAUCCGCCGUUGCGUUGGCGCUGGAGAUGGAAGCAAAGGGCCUGCCGCCCACAUGGCAGAAAGCCGUGGAUAUUGCAGCCGUCCACGGCUACGCCAACCCCUUGGACGCCGCGACCGCUCGCGCGGGCGUUUGGGUGGAGAUCCUGGACGAGGGCAGCAAUUGGUAUGCCGCCGACCUGGCUUCUUCUUUGGUCACGAAGCGGCCCCGAAAAUCUUGGCUUUAUGAGUACGCGGUAUCCACCGGCCUGCUGUGUGCAGCCGACGACACCCUCAAGGGGGGCGAGUAUUGUGUCAUGACAGACGUUUCGGCGCGGUAUCACUACAGCUCCGACAGCCUUGACUUCAUACGUUCCGAGCGCGUCGGUACAUCCUGGAAGAACCUGCAAUCGUGGUGGAAGCGUUGCCUGGUCGCUUUCUCUGAUGCUGCCCCGUGCGAGCG